GUAAACAAGAGGCAAUGGACGAAUUGGAAGGAGUCGACGUAAUUGAAAGUAAUGGAGAAGCAGCUCCAACUACACAGGCUGCUAAGUCUAUCAAAGCAAUAGACAGAACAACAGUUCAUAAGAUAUGCUCUGGUCAGGUUGUUUUAACACUUGGAACAGCUAUCAAAGAACUUGGAAAUAGCAUAGAUGCUGGAGCUACAAGCGUAGAGAUCCGCCUUCGAGAUCAUGGCAUUUCCUUGAUUGAAGUUAUAGAUAAUGGAAAGGGAGUGGAAGAGAGUGACUUUGAAGGGCUGACUUUAAAACAUCAUACCUCAAAGAUACAAGACUUUGGGGACUUGGUUGGAGUGAAAACCUUUGGGUUCCGAGGUGAAGCCCUGAGUUCCCUGUGUGCCCUUAGUGACCUCACAAUUGCAACACGGCACGAAAGUCAAGCAGUUGCCACUAAACUAGUUUAUGAUCAUAAUGGCAAACUUAUUACCAAAACUCCUUGCCCUAGACAGGUUGGAACAACUGUCACUCUGCAGAACCUGUUCUCAACCUUGCCGGUAAGACACAAGGAAUUCCAGCGUAAUAUCAAAAAGGAGUUUGGCAAGAUGGUACAGGUCCUGAAUUCAUACUGCCUAAUAUCCACUGGAAUUAGGAUAUCAUGUACAAAUCAGAGUGAUAAGGGCAAAAAAUCAGUUGUGCUGUCAACAAAUGGACAUCCAACAAUAAAGGAGAACAUCUCAUCAGUAUUUGGAGCUAAACAGGUUUCAAGCCUUAUGGAAUUCAAGCAGGAAACGGCAUCAGAUGACAUUUUUCUGAAUAUGGCAUGCAGUGCUCUAGUGAAGAUAUCAAAGUUCGGUAUUUUAGAAUUUUCCCUAUUUCUGUGGCCCCUUUUCAUUUCAUCACAUAAGAUAAUGCUGAAAGCAAUCUACUGUCAGCAUGUGAAUAUAACUCAGGAAUACAUUAUUUACCUGGAGGGAUUCAUUUCGUCCUGUGAACAUGGACAGGGACGUUCAGCUUCUGAUCGCCAGUUCUAUUUUAUCAACUCUCGUCCAUGCGAUCCAGCAAAAGUCAUCAAGGUCGUGAAUGAGGUAUAUCAUCAGUAUAACCGCUACCAGUAUCCUUGCGUUGUGCUAAACAUUCGUUUGAAAGAGGAUGAUGUGGACAUCAAUGUGACUCCAGACAAGAGACAGAUAUUAGUCAAUAAUGAGAAGCUUUUACUUGCAACAAUCAAGACCUCAAUGAUUCGUCUCUAUGGAAAUAUACCAAAUUCUUUCAAGAUGCAGAACACAUCUCUCAACAACUCUUUCACUUCAUCACAAAGUAAUAAUACCCCAUCAAGAGCAAGCCCCAGUGUAGGGAGUCCAUCCAACAGUAGGAUCUCAGCGCUUAGCCAGAAGUUUGGUCGCAAAUCUGAAGGCUCUCCACUGUCGAACCUCUCCCCUACACAACCAUCAACUCCACUUUCAGUAUUUAGCCUCAAGAGGAGCUUUUCAAACAGUUCUUGUGCUGACGAAAGCCCAAGUAAUAAACAACCAAAACUUGAAUCUUUCCUGGCAAAAUGCAAGUCUGAUCCUGGAAAAAAUCCUGUUACCAGCAUAAAAUCUGAAGAAGACGACAAAAGCUUUCUUUCAGAUUUCACCCCACUGGAAAAUCAUGAGAUUGUUACAAAUGGAGAUAAGAAUGAUAUUGAGAAUAAUGAUGCAGUUAAAGAAGAGUGUGAAGACAUGGAAGGUGGAAGGAAGAUGGUAAAAAGUGAGAUUCUUGAAUCUGAUGAAAAAGAAAUCAUGCCACCAGACAGUGCAAAUGAGACAAAUUCAAUAAAAACUGAAGAUAACCAGCAGGAAAUGUCAUUGGUACUGGAAUCUGAGCUUGUAAAUGGAGAUUUUGGUAAUUCAGAAGGAAAUGACGAGAUAGGUAACAGCCAGCAAAGCGACAGUUUUGCAAAUAAUAACAAUGAAAAAAAUUCAUUAAAAAGUGAUGAACUAAGAAAUCCUCAGUUAUCCAGUGGUUCUCCAAAAGGUCCUAAUUUAAAGAGUGGUCUAUCUCAAUUUUCUAGGUCUGCAUCAGUAACAUCUCAAAGCUGUAAGAAGGCUCAUAGUGCUACAGAUAAUUUCUUGAAUAGUCUUUUAGCAAAGAAAUCACAGAACAAAUAUGUAAAAGAACCCAGCAUACCAUCUACCAAUGGAUACAAACAUGAUGCUGUAGAUGUAAGAGAACAGAAAGAUGAAGGAACAGUUGAGGACACAGACUUUGCAGAGAUCUGGGAAGAUGAGUUUUAUGAAGAUAGUGCACCAGAAGAGGAGAAAACAAAUGAAAAGACUAUUGUGUGUGAAGAGUAUGAUCCAAAUGACUUUAUAGCAAACAGAAAAUCUAGAACAAUUGAAUUUAACGUUGAAGACAUCAGGAAGAAAUUGAACAUAAGUACCAGUACUGAAAAAGAAAGACCUGGAGAAUUAGUCAGAAAGUUCCGAGCCAAGAUUGCCCCAGGUGAAAAUACUUCAGCGGAAGAUGAGCUGAGGAAAGAGAUCUCAAAAGACAUGUUUGCAAAGAUGGAGAUUUUGGGUCAGUUCAAUUUGGGAUUCAUCAUUGCCCGCUUUGGCUCAGACCUUUUCAUAAUUGACCAGCAUGCAACUGAUGAAAAGUACAACUUUGAAACUCUCCAAGCAACUUGCACAAUUCAGAAUCAGAGACUUAUUGCUCCACAACCUGAACUGACAGCAGCUAAUGAGACAGUCUUGUUAGAUAAUUUGGAGAUAUUUUUGAAAAAUGGAUUUGAGUUUAAGAUUGAAGAGAAACCAAUGGGACAAAGGGUGAGCCUAAUUUCAAUGCCCCAUAGCCGAGGUUGGGAGUUUGGACGAGAUGACAUUGACGAAUUGAUAUUCAUGUUAUCUGACUCUCCUGGGGUGAUGUGUAGACCAACUCGUGUCAGGGCAAUGUUUGCUUCAAGAGCUUGCCGUAAGUCUAUUAUGAUUGGUACUGCAUUGACAAAAGCACAGAUGCAGAAACUGGUUUGCCAUAUGGGUGAGAUUGAUCAGCCAUGGAAUUGUCCGCAUGGUAGGCCAACAAUGAGGCAUUUGAUAAAUCUUGAUAUGGUCACUGGAUCAAGAUGAGUAGUAAUGAGUGCUCAGAAAUUAACUAAUUUUUAGAUUUGCUCUUAUAAACAGAGAAAAGAUUUGAUCAUACAGGUGACUUUUGUAUAUAUUUUUUCAAGUGUAAAUAUCAUAUGUUAGUUUUAGAAUUCAGUGAUCUUUAGGAUAUAUGAAAAUUAAA